UGAUUGCGCAUAGUGUUAUUGUUUUGUGGAAAAAAACAGUGAAACUUGAAUAAAUCUUGCUUAAAAACUAUAUUAAUUACUAUUAGUCUUAUUAUUUAUUUUCAAAAUUUUGUUUUACAAGUGUAAUAUGUCAGUCUUCAGUGUGGUGUUAUUGUUUGUUGUGAGCCACGGCCUGCAUGAAGCUGGCUGUGACGACGCAAGCCCGCUGUGAAACAACUCGUAGUGGUUAUUUGCGUAUUGGCCACACCGGGGAGAAGGCGCCACGUGUGGGCCUGCGUACAACCGGGGGCGGGCGCUCUGCGCCGCCCCACAACGGCAUAUAUACCCUCCAGAUGGUUUAUUGACAUCGGGAAAAACUAAGCAUGAUGUAGGAUUCGAUCCGCACAUCAUCGCACCGGAUCCAAUCGCAUCAGACGCUUAUAUCGAUGACAUUUAUGCAGAAGACCUGUUCCCGUUGACUACGUUCGAAGGGCUAAACACGAUGAAUACGGGGGAAGAUGAACCAUCAACUGGUUUAAAUGGAAGACUGCGACCACGUAAAUCCAACCAUAGCCCCCAAUCCAACCAAAUAUCCCGUAAAUCUGAAAAUAAGACCUUACUGGAUAAGCCUAAAAGAACAACUAAUUUGAAAAUAUUGCCUAACAAAACAGAUGAUCUCGUGAACAAGUCUGACAAUACAAUUCCAAAACAUUUUUGCCCCUACUGUGACAAAACAUUUAUUUCUAAACAAACUGCUUUGAAGCAUGUUCAUCUCAUCCACAUUUCUUCUUCAAAACAAGACUUCUUUUUUGAUUGUCUUUUCUGCAAUCAUGUCGAGCACAAUUCAAAUAUUAUACGCCACAUGGUGGACAGUCAUCCAAAUCAAUAUUUUGCUUGUCUGGAUUGUCAUACUAGAUUUCCGUCGACGUCAGAUGUGGCACAACAUAAACUUAACGUAUGCGAAAAACAAAAGCUUUCUUAUCGUAGUAAACUACGACAGAAGUCACUGGAGAGUAAGAAGUCCAAAAAGUUAUCAAAAUCAGAUGCCACGAAGUCGAUUCUCAGCGAUAAAAAAGAUUUUGCCGAAAGCUUCAAUGGAAUAGUUAUUUCGUGCGAACUUAAACCAACUAAAGUACAUGAUGACGCUGAUAUAGAGGAUAACAUAACAACGAAUUUAAUAUUACCUUCAAACAAAGGAAUAAGUCAUAAAGCAGUAAUGGAGAAAAACGCAAUUAUCGUUUUAGAUGACAUACAAUGGAAUAAACGUAUUCCAUCCAACUUUUCUUUUCAUAACACCGACGCUGAUCAAAUUUUAACUAGAUUGGGGGUGGUGCAUAGAUCGCCUAGGACUGGCGAGUCUACAAAAAAAGAAUGGACAAAACCGUCUGAAAAUGGUACACACAAGUUUGAGAAAUGUUUUGACACAAGCUUUUACAUGCAAGUCACCAGUAACGUUCAAGAAAAUUUAUUAAAACAUCUUGACGGAUCGUUUAAUGAUAAUCCUGAACCUGAUUCAAUUAUUAAAACAAGGAAAUCUAAGGAUUGUGUUCCCAUCAAUACAGCAGAAGGUUUCCCUAUUCUUCUUGCUGGCGAACAAUAUUCUCGUAACCUAUUGGAUGGUUUUGUGCCGCGAGCAAUAGCACCAAAACACAAAUGGAAAUGGGAUAGCGCGGAUAAUGGUAGAGCUAUUCUAAAUAUGGACCAAUUAAAACGUGAUUCGCACCUUAAUAACUGCAUUAUAACAUAUGUAUCUAAUUUAGAUAUUUGGACCCAAUUAUGCAUGAGAAAAAAAUUCGAAGAUAAAUUUAGUAGCUUACCAUUGGAAAAAAAGACUGAGAAGCGAAAUACUAUCAGCAAGGAAUUGAAAGAAAUACUCGAAAGCAAAGAAAUACCAACAUCAUCUACACAAGGCUUUAAGAAUUUUGGCAAACCAACUUCUAGCGAAGGAUUUCAUUUUCCCGCUAUGUUAGGUCUAACUCCAACCAUACAACCUUUUGUUUUACCACCAGCGGUUCUCAGUGGUGAAUCGGUUCGGCCUCGGUGCUAUGUGUGUUGCGCUUGUGGCGCACAAACACAUGAUUCUCGAGCGCUUUCUUCUCAUAUUUCAACGGAGCAUCCUAAUGCACAAAUCGAACAUUAUGAAAUUGUCGGGGAACCUUUAUUGAAUGCGGAUAUCUUCAAACAUUUGUAUGUGCCACCUAGUCAGAUAUUUAACCGAACUCGUCCUCAGAGAGGAUUUCGAGAGUGCACAAAAUGCAAAAAAUCUGUAACCCUUGAAGAUUUGCACCAACAUAUGUUAGAUUGCGCAGGCGACACACCAACGGUGCGCAGGAAAUGCCGCUAUCGGCCAUUUGGCGUCCGCAAACGUCGUCCACGUCUUCCUGAUAAUAGAAUACGUAAGAAAAUGCGAAAAGACAUUCGAACAGGACAGAGAAACGAUAAAAAUAUUUUGAGGCCUAGGCCUAAAACGAGGUCGGAAGUAGGUGACGCUGAAACUAUCCGUAAAAUGUUAGCUGAUCUACCAGCAAAGCGACAUAGAGUUACGGUCAAUCCAUUGAACUCAUUUCCGAGGAGGAAGUAUGAUCGCAAACGUAAUAAAAUAAUGACUAAAAAACAUUCAUUGGAUCAAAAAUAUAUGAACAUUGACAAAGUAUCUGAUAAAAAAAUUAUCUCAUCACGAUCUACUACAGAUUCAAAAGAUUCUGGAUUCAAUAAUGAUGAUGACGAUGAAGAUGACAAUUUGCCUUUGAGACCCAAAACAAGGGAUUCAUCAAUCAAUAGUAACAGUAAUCACAAAAAAGAUUCUUUAAAGAAAAAGGCUAUCUUGAAUCGCCCUAAAAGAAAACCUAACAAGGAAUUGAAAUUAGUAAUUGAAAAUGGAACAGAGUCUCUUAGCGGAUGUAUCGAGAGUACCGAACCUGACAAAAUCUCAUUAGACAAUACACCAAAUCGAGUGGAUCUAAAUAGUGAUCCACAAAAAGUCAGAGGGCAUUCAAAUCGUGAAGGAUCAAAUAAUAGAGAAAGCCAACAAUCAGGCAGUAGCGGACCGAGUGGCAAUUCAAAUAAUUCAAAUGCGCCAACCCAAAACGUUCCUCUUAAACAUUCAAUUGCCAGUUUGACGGCUGAUUCUGAGACUCAUGACAAAGCUGUUCAAUUUCAUCGCCUUUUUCUUGUUCAACAAGAAUGUAAUAACGGAGAUGAACAUCACUUCCCGUCUGAUCCUCAUAUAUUAUUUGAAAAUCAAGCUGUGGUUACUAAGCUUGAUAAACCUCCUUUACAUUUUAAUCAAAACCGCGCAUCCGAUUUUCAAUAUUCUCGAAAAAAUAAGUUAAGUAAGCCGCGUAAAGGAUUAAAUGACUGUAUUGCAAUGUUAAAGAACAAAUUGACGCCUAAUAUUGAUAGUGACAUACCUGGGCAUGUUUCAGUUCAAUGCGGCAGUGAUGAGCCGAUAGAGCUAGAACCAAUUUAUAUAGAACAAGGAUUUCACUUUAUUGGCUCAAAACAUGGGCACAUAAAUAAAGAAAUAUCACAGCCACAUAUUUCUGCGGAUGAUAAACCGUCGAAAACUAGUGAUGGUAAUGACUAUAAAAAUUCGCAUGAAUCUAUAAUUGAUGUUAUUUGCCCUGAUAAAGAUAAGGUGCCAAACUAUCAUAUCCAAGAUCGUUUAUCCGACCAAUGCCAAGAUAAAAUCAAACCCAGGGAAAAUAACGCUCCAAAUGAUGUUGUGAUUCCGCCUUCUCAAUUGGCGCUCCUACCUCCGCCAAGGAACACGGUAAUUCACAAGUCGCCAAAAAUGUCAGGGAAUCAAAUGCAACAAGAAGAGGAAAAAAUGAUUUCGAAUUCACAAAUACCUAAAAGUAAUAAAAACAUAGAUCAGAAUGGUAAGGCUCCUGAAAUACCUUCCAUGAUGUCAAAAGAUAUUUUGAAAACAAUUAUUAGACCAGGUGUUCGAAACUCCCAAUAUUGUAAUGCAGUUACUAAAAAAGAUGCUUUGGUUGACUUUACAAGGAACAAUAACCUGACAAAUUUAACACCAAGCAAUGACUUGAUUCCUUUAGAUUUAAAUUUAGCUAAAAAUUUAACAAAAUCACAGAAUCAAUACGUAUCAACCAAAAGAACAGAGUGGAAUAAACGAACAGGAAAGAACACUGUGGAACAAAACGGUGAAUCCUCACGUAAAAUAAACCUCCAACAUGCUUCAGACAAAUAUAAUGACAUUCCGCUUAAAAUCCUUCCAGCGCACACGAGUGCCAGUUUUGAACCAUUGUCACCAGCUCCAUUAGAUUUAUCCGGAAAAUCAGUUUCGGCAGAUACAUUACAGAAUUCUUCACGUCAGGAUCGACACACUUUAAUCAUGAAUAGGUAUGAUGAUUAUGAAACUUUAGAUCUGUCUAAUAAAAAUACGGAUGAUAACGAAACACUUGAGAAUUCAACUGUCGUGGAAGAUGUAUCUUUGGAUGUCGUAGUAGAUUUAAGCAUUAAACAAACUCCACAAUCUUCCAGUCAAUCAAGUCCCACAAAUUUGUCCACUAAAUCUCCUGAAAAUAAUGAGAAUUUAACGGGUACGGCAUACGACAAAAUACACGAAGAUUUCCCUACUGAUUUGUCAUUGAGAAAACGAGCAAGGGCAUCAUCCAUAAAUAUACUUCCACAAGAGUGUGUUGCUAUUGACUACAUACAAGAUCUCUCCAAUCAUAAACCCGUUCAUAAAGGAAAGCGUGAAGAAAAUUUGAAUGUACUUGAUCAUAUAAAUAAUGAAACACCGAGAGAUUUGUCAAACAAAGGGUUAGAGGAUAAUUCUAUUGUAACAAAUUUACUUACAAAUGAAACAGAUUCUCGAGAGUUGAAUGUUGUAUCAAAUACCCUUGAAGCAUCAGAAAAACAUGAAAAUGGAAACAUUGUUUACGAUAAUACAGCUGAGUCUCUCUUAAGUAAUUCAAAUGAAGAUAUAAACUUAAACGUUCCAAAAAGUGAUUCUAACUACAUUUUACCUUCGACAAACACUGAAACGACAAUUUCACAUAGCCAAAAUAAACUAUCUCCUUUUAAGGAUAAUAUGAACGAUGUUAACUCUCCGGAUAUAAAUGAAACGAUCGGUAGUGGAAAUUUGCCGCAGUCUAAUACUGAGCCUAGUAAUAUUGGCGAAAGAAAUGAAACAAUAAAUAGUCAAUCUUCACAACAGCCCUUUAUCGAGACGAUUUGUUUUAUAGUGCCAAAAGAUCAGUUGCCUUACGAAAUUGAAAAUUCUACAUUAAACAUUACCAUAACGACUAAUGGUGAUUCUAUGCCUCUUUACCAGUCAUUAAAUUGUAAUGGCACAACACAAGAAGCAAGAAAUAACCCAGAAAGUACAACGUCAACAAGAUACAGUUUGGAAAAUGUCUCCGUGCCCAUAAGUACUUCCGAUCUGGAUGAAACCAAUUUUUCUAAUAAUCCCGAGGAAAAGAUUUCUAGUUCUACAUCUGUUUACAAUGAAGUUGAGACUGAUAGGGACGAUAAGAUUAAUUAUAAUCCCAAUAAUGGAAUUGAUGUAAAUAAAAAUGAAAAAUCUUUGAUUUUAAGAAACAAUAAUUCGGCUGAAACAAACAGGAUUGCAGAAUAUACUUCUGAACUCUCCACUGCAACGCCUGAUAAAAAAUAUGACUUGACAAAAGAAAUUAUUAAUUGUGAGACAGAACAGGAUACAGAAACCGCUAGAAAAAUUGCAAUGCUGCCUCAAGAACUAGUUGAAAUUCUAGGAACAAUGCCUAUUGACCAUCGAAAUCAACUAUUGAACGUGUUACCCCAAUAUGUUUCUACUUCUGCUUCAACUACCGGGACUGAAACAAGAAAAUGUCUCAUAAAAAAGCAGCAGGCCUUAUCCAAGGAACGUAGUUAUGAUGAAAGGCUGUCAGACAUAAAAAAUGUUACUCGAGCUGACGAAUCAGAUAAAACUUUAUACCCUACGUCUACAGUACUUUCUCCUGAAUCAGUUCCCCAAUCUGUCAUUCUUAAAGCUCCAGUUGUUUUAAACGAAAAUUACCAAAAAACAUCCAAAACCCGUGAACAUGAAUAUUCAUCGACAUUUACAAUUAAAAGAAAUUCAACACCCGUUCACAAACGACAACCAAAAUUAGUUACGUUUGAAGAUGAGGCAAAUGUCGUUAUAGACUUAACACACGAUGAAAAUGUUCAAGAAGUAAAAGAAGACAUACAAAUAAUUGAAAGCCACGUAGUGCCUUUAAGUCAUGAUUUUGAUAAAAAUCAGAACAUAGAUACUUCCCUUGAACUACUAAAACAAAAAGGAAGUAAUGAUCAGACUGCGAAUUUAAGAGCAGUUCGAAUAAAAACUACUUAUGAAAGAAAUAAACUAAUACCAUUGGAAGGAAGCUUGGAAUACAAAAGCUUUUAUAAAAACACUAAUGACAAGGACCAAAUUAUAGAGAUUUCUGGAUAUGAAGAUGUAAACGCUGAAAAUAACGGAAUCAAAACUUAUAAUGAGGAUCUUAGAAUAGCUGCAGAUAGAAUUGAAAUUCCGUUAUUGCAAUGUAUUGAUUCCAAUAAAUCUUUCGACCACUUAAAUGAAAGCAUAACGUUAAGUGGGCCUUUAAAUGUCAAUGAAAGCAUUUUAGUAAAUUCAACAGUUAUACUUACGCCGAUUUCAAACAAAGAAAAUUCUAUUGUACUCCCAGACAUAACAUUUGAAAGAGAUACAAAUAGGCAGUCCAAUGAUUUGUCAAAUUCUAUGGACGAAGAAAUAACUUUAUUGGAUACUACCGAUGCACAUGACAAUAGUAUGCAAAUAAUUCCGAUAAACGGAGACGCCCUUCCUACUCCCCCAAAAGUUUCUAAAGAAAAGGUUACAAUUGGCGAUGAAGAUUCUGAAGACGAUGUAACAUUAGCGGUAAUUGUAAAAAAGAAACAACAAAUGCAAUUACCAGCAUCUUGUGAUAACAUACCGCUCUUAGAUGUGAAGUGUACUAUGACAAGCAAUAACAACGUUAAACAAGAUAAGAAAACAACAAAAUCUGUUUUAAAAGACAAGGGUAGCAAACAAUUACCGAACAAACACCUAGGUGCUGAGAGCUUACUCUCUGCUACUUUUGAUGACAUUGACAAUUUGGCCACUGUAGAAUCGGAAAUGAGGAACGGCAAACAUCGGAGCAACAGCAACAUUUUGAAUACUUGUAAAAAUAGCUCUAUUGAAAUGGUAGUGUCAAAUUGUAAAUUAACAAAAAAUAUUAGAAGUCGUCGUGUCUCUUCUAAAUUUUCAAAAGCAAUAAAUCAAAGAAAUAAAAAUGGCUCAAUUAUUUCACAUAAAAAAGGAGGUAACAUGACCAUUAAAACAAAAGAUUUGCAAAAAGUAUAUAAAGAAGAUACACUUAAUAUUCAUACGGUUGUCAAUGGUUCUACACUUAAAUUAGACACUAAAGAUUGUAUUGACAAAACAAAACUAACCCAAAUAAGCCAACAGACAUCGAAAGAAAGCAUUCAGAAAUUAAAAGGUAAACGUGGCAAGCCUAGAAAGAAAAAAUGUUUUGUCCGUAACUGUAUUCUCCAUAGUUACAUGGGUAAUCUUUAUCGAAAAUCAUUAUACAAUUCUAAACAACGUAUUGCACCGCAUCUACAAGCCGUCUGUACUGGAGUUCCUAUUUCAAAAAUUAAAGAAUUAACUCGCCUUAAACAAAAAAGAAACAAACAAAGUUCUGAAAUCAUAAAAUCACAACAAACCUCAAUAGGAAUUGAGAAAAUUAACCCUUUACCUUUGCGAAGAAGCCGACGUGGCAAAUCUAUGUUUGUAGAUAAUAAUAGUGCUCAAUCUUAUGUUUCUCAUCAAAAUGAUAAACCAUCUGAACAAAAAGUGCCUCUUACUAAAAAGCAACUUAUAUUUUCUAAGUUACUAUUGGACGAAGAAAGAAUAUUGCACCCUCAAACAGAUGAAGUGAUUGCAAAGGCACCAGUUAUUCUUAUAAAGGAUGUGAGUUUAAGCGGCCAUACUUUGUCUUCUAUAUCACAAAGUAACAAAAAUACCAAUGCAUCUGAACAAUCGACUGUCAAUUCUCUGAUUCAAGAUAAAAGAUCAAAAAGAAAGAAAUCUCCUCAAUCAAAGCAAAAAUACAAAAAAUUGAAAUCUGUUGAUGGUGAUACAGAAGACAAUACAUUGUCUACUAUCAAUAUAGAAAUUCAGAAAGGUAAAACGGAAAAACAGAUUAGUCAAGAAGAUGAAUUAUUUCUAUCACAAAAUGCCCUGUCUACUUCUUUAAUUACAGAACAAAAUAAAAACAAUGUAGAAUCUAUUACUAAUGGUAUCUGUGCAAUGCAUACAGUUUUUUCUGAAAAAAGAAAAAUAUGUACGUCAACAAGUGCCGAAAUUAACCGCGAAUCAGAAUCUAAAAAAUCAAAACUAACUGACGAUGAUGGAACCGAAAAUAAAAAGCUUGAACACGUAAAACAGAAUGUUGUCGAAAAUUGGAGAAAGAGCAGAAAUGAUGCAGAAACAAAAAAUACAACUUGUUACAACAGUCAUACUGCGAUGAGACGAACUAGAUCAAAGUCUGUAGUUGUUAAGUCCAGUACUUCUUUAUAUGAUCCUUAUGAUAUAGAUUUAGAGGAUAUGGCUGAAAAAGAUGAACCUUUUGGGAGAUUACUAACGUCAAAUAAAGCUUUCAGCAAGUCAGGUUUUAUAAAAGAUCAAGCAGUCAAAAAGAUAAAUAAGAAUGAAACGUCUGUUGGCGUUAAUACCGAGCCAAUUAUCGAGGAAAAUAAAGAUUUGAUACCGACAAAAAAAUUAAAUGAGGCUUACUCAAAAGAAGAUACAAGUGAUUCAGAUGAUUCUGCUAAAAGCGACGUACCAUUACAAAAAUAUGUCGAAGAAAGAGAAAAGAAAAAGUCUAGACAUAAUAGUACUACAGAUGCGAACAGUUCGGCUCAAGAUUCACAAAAAAAGAAAAAAGAAACGCAGAUCGUAGCAAGCACAAGCAAUGAACAACAAAGUAGAAAUGAUCAGUUUAUGGAAAGUUUUGGGUUUUUCUCUGAAAGAAAACCUAGAAAAUCAAAUUUGAUUGCCGCUAAAAAGAUUUCCGAAACAUUCAAUGCCAUUGAAGCCGAUGACACAAAUGAUGACGAAAAAGUCCAACCAUCUAGCAAACAACAACCAGAAACUACCAAGCCCAAUGACGAUGAAAAUGACUCUGCGGAACCCACACAAGCAGUUACCAAAAAACCUGCAAAACGAGGACGUAAAAAAGCAAUUAAACCCGUUACUAAAUUUUGUGUGAUUUGUAAUAAAGAUUUUAAACGUCCUGAUAACUAUUUGCGACAUCAAAUUACAUUAUUACAUAUUUCCAAGUUAUCAGAAAUUGAAAUGAAAGUUAAAACAACUCCUGUAUUUGAAGAGCCGAAUUACCUUAUACCUUAUAAGCAACAGCUUGACCACCUAAAAAUGAUAGGUAUGACGAAAAAGAAGAGAAGUGCCAAACCUCCUUCGAAAGCACCCUUGCCAACUUUAGGUGAAAUACUGGCUAAAGUAAAUAAAAAAGUAAGAAAUCAACAGUUAUCGCGUCGCAAUCUAAGCCGAGAUGAAGCACUGUUUAUCGAUUGCUGCGAAUUACUACAAGAAUCUCACAAACCAGAGUUAUCCAAUAACACUGAACAGAUAACUACAAUAAUAUCCACUACUAUUGAACAAACACCCGUAGUAUCUAAUAAUCCUGAGCAUGUUACAACAGUGCCUAGUAGUGCAGAACAAGUUAUAAUAUCCAAUAGUAAUGACGAAGCUGUAACAUCCCAAAAUAAUGAACAAGUAAUACUAUUAAAUGAGGUGAAUACCGUAGUGACAGAACGGGCUCAAGUAAUAGAAAGCGAUAAGGAGAAUAACACAAUUAGUGAAGAAUAUGAAUUAAGAAGUGAUGGUGAUGUAGAUUCAAUUACAGCAAAAAAUAUUCUUGAAAGUGAAGAAGUACGAAACUUGGAAAAUGAUUUGCUAUCAGGUUUAAAGGAAGCAGCAGCACAAUCGCUCGCACAUGCAUCUAGUAAUUUCGUUAUUCAACAAACUUUAAGUGGGAUUCAAUCAGAUCAAAAUGAGACAGAGCAAGAAGCUUCAUCAAGUCCUGUACUUGUUAAUAAAAAUUGUGAAAACAUUGAGUGUCAUGAGGUAGUAUCAGAACCACCUAAAAAAAUUCCCAAACCUAGGAGAAAACAAGAAGUUACAGACAGUAUGUACCCGAAUGUAUUUGAAGAUAUAAACAUGUUUGAAGACAAAUUUGACAAAAUCAAAAGAAAAUGCCGGUCGCAAGCUGCUGCAGCUAAACAUGCUCAACCUGUAGUAGAACCCAUUACAAGCCAAAAGGGGAAGAAGAAGUCAGAAAACAAAAAAGGAAAUGAACCUUCUAAAGAAGAUCCCUGUCAUGCUAUACCGACCAAAGGAGCGUUAAAAGGUUUUGAUGGAUUAAAGGUAUCCACACCUACUUCAGGUAUUAACACAUCAGCCAUUAUCCCACCUUCGGAAAAUACAUCAAAAGGAAAAAAGAAAAACAAUUCCAGAAACCAUAAAGAUAGAGUAGAAAUUGUAACUCAAUCAAAACCAAAUCAAGAUCAUAGACUAAAAACAACACAGACUCAGAAAAUAGACGUCUAUGAAUUUAUGGAUAGUGAAGAUACUGAAUUAUUUGAUUUUAGGCCUUCAACUCUAAUGGAAAGAUUUAAAAAUAAUAGUAACAGAGAUAUGCCAAAUACCUCUAAAUUUGUCUCAACGACUGAAGAAGUUUCCUGUGAGAGUGGAUCCGAUGGAGAUGACUUUGUAUACGAUGAUUACGUUUGUAGCGACGAUGAGACUGAAAACAGUAUAAUGUCGUGCGAAUUAGGAAACAGCAAAACAGGAAUUGAAACUAAGAGUAAAAGUAAUUCACCUCUAAAACGAAAAGAUGCCGUGGAAAAAAGUGCUGUUAUGGGUAAAAUAUUUAAACAUAACGCUGUUCGUACAGAAAGAAAAAAUAUUCAGAUUGUUGACAAUGCUAGACCACAAGCUAAUUUAGAUCAAUUAUUUGAUAGCUUACUUGUUGCUGAGCCUGGGGUACCGUCAUUAAACACUAAAUUACCAAAGAAAGAGUCAAGGGAACAAGAUUCUACACCUUCGACGAGACAUGAAUCUAAAUCAUCUAAGAAACAUGGGCAUUCUAAAAGACACGAAUCUUCUAAGAAACAUGAAAUAUCUAAGAAACAUGAUACUUCUAAACAUCAUGACUCUUUUAAGAAACAUGAAGCUUCAAAAAAGUACGAAUUAUCAAAAAUACAUGAAUCUUGCAAGAUCGAGGAAUUUUCUAAGAAACAUGAGUCUUCUCAUAAAUAUGAUUCUUCUAAGAAACACGUAUCUUCUAAGAAACAUACAUCUCCUAAGAAACACGCAUCCUCUAAAAAACACGAAUCUUCUAAAAAACACGGAUAUUCUAGAAAGCAUGAAUCUUCUAAGAAACAUCAAUAUUCUAAAACACAGGAGACUCCGAAAAAACAUGAAACUUCUAAGGAAUAUCAAUCUACCUCUCAUAGGAAACAUCAAUCUGCAUCAGGUUAUGAUGAAGUGUUUCAACGAAAAGAUGAAGAUGAAUCUCCUAGUAAGCACGGUGUUAAAAUGUCGAAACAAUAUUCUGGAAAAAGUAAUGCCUCUGCCUCCUACGACACUACAAACAUUGAUGUCUAUAAUGAUGGAAAUAUUAAUUCUGUUCAUCUAAUUUUCAAUUGUAAGCCUUCAACCUCAAAGGAUUACAAUUAUGAGUCAGUACAAGAAAUUGGUCAAUCAUCGCCCAAAAAACAUAUUUCUCACAAACGUACCAAGUCCUCUUUAAAUGAAUAUCAUUCAUCAACCCCUAAAAGCUUGGGAGUACUUCGUUCUUGUAAAGAAAGUUUCCAUCAACCCACAAACAUCUAUUUGAACGUCAGGUCAGAGAGGCGUUCACGAGAAAUUACAUCAUCUAACCGUGACUCAAUCAUUGUACAUAACAGAGAUAGCGGUCCUUCUGACCUAUACACUAAUCACUUUGGAAGAUAUACAAGAAAUAGAUCGACAACACCUGAGAUAGAAGAAGAUAACGACUCUAAUUCAGAUAUUAUGGAUACACUUGAUGAAGCAACAUCUGACGAUGCAGGAGUUGCCCGACAAAGAGCACGUAGGAAAUGUACAGUUGGCAAACAGAAUGUUUUAGCAGAGACGUGGAGUUCAGAAUCAGAGCCCGAAAGUGGACCACCACGUCCUAAUAGUGCCGAAUCUGAGGCAUCAGGAGGUGUUCGAAAAAAAGUAAAGAAGAAAAGAGAUGGACCAUAUGGAAACCGUAGGGGUGUAAGCCGUCAAAUGCCAAUUUUGAGGCAAGACUUGGAAAGCAGAGUAGCUUUGUUCAAGCGCACCACAACCAGUUCUACCGGAAGAGGUAUCCAAGGAAGUAGCAGCGGCGCAGGCCCAAGUUCCGCGCCUGUAACAAGUAUAGUCCCUUCUUCGUCCGUCGCUGGAGGAUCAGCGGGUCCGUCUGGAUCGAGUCGUUCGCAUCACUCGCGUUCUGCAACUUCCUUGUGGUCGACAGAAGGGGACGAAGAACAAGAGCAUCAUCAACAGCAUGGAUGGAUUGUGGGCGUCAGCCAUAAAAAGCUGGUAACUAUGUUAGCACACGCUAAGGGACGCAAGCGAAACCAUGAUGAUAAGCGUCAUAAUGUUGAGUAGGGAUUUUUGAUUUCUAUGGUUAUUAUCUUGUAAAUAUGAUGUACAUAAAUGCCCUAGUUCUUUAUUAAAGUCACUAUGACACUUUGA